GAUCUCGCGGGAGUAGAGCGACGGGCGGCGGCGAGAAGGAAUUUGGGUCUCGGCGGCCGCCGUAGGAGCGGCGCUCGGGUCGCCAUGGCAACGGCCAGAAGCCGCGGGAGCUUCUGGGCGGCGCAGCAGCCGCGGCGGAUUGGACCAGCGCGGCGCGGAAUCCGCGAACUGCCCCCGGCCCCGAGGGUGCAGGUCCCGGACUGACGGCGCUGUCCUGACCCAUGGACGCCUCCUCUGGCCCGUGGAAUCCAACCCCGGCUCCCAUCAGCAGCCCUUCCCUGCUGCUCCCCAUCCCUGCCAUCGUGUUCAUCGCUGUGGGCAUCUAUUUGUUGCUGCUCGGCGUCGUGUUGCUGACUAGGCACUGCCUGCUGGCCCAGGGCUGCUGUGCCGACUGCAGCUCCCCCUGCAGGAAGCAAGGGGCCUCUAGGCCCCAGGACUGUUGCUGGACCUGUGCAGAAGCCUGUGACUUCCCUUUGCCCAGCCCAGCCCACUGCCUGGAUGCCUGCUGCCCCCAGCCCACGGAAGCUGGUUGGGCCCCUCGCUGUCCUCGCUGCUGUCCGCUCUGUGACUGUGCCUGCGCGUGCCAGCUGCCUGACUGCCAGAGCCUCAACUGUCUCUGCUUUGAGAUCAAGAUCCGAUGAGGACCCGGAGUCCUUGCCCCUUGGAGAGUGGCCAACCCCCGGGGCCCCCACGCCCUGUUCCCUGACGGGGCCUCCAGGCACCUUUCUCCAGGCCCCUGGAACCACAUAUGGCCUGGCUAGCUCAUUGGGCUGUGCAGAGCCUGGCUCCCAGCAGAGCAGGACUCAGAGAGCCCUUGGCCAUUUGGACUGUCCUUUGGAGGGCCAGGAGGGAGAGGGGCUAGCACUCUGGCAGAGGACCCCACCUGCCUAUCCUCCUCUCCAUGUAAACCGUUAUCAUUGAAGGUGAGGUGGGAGACACUGCUCACCACAGACCACCUAUGGGACAAACUUGAACCUGGAGUAUGAGGAUAUAGUGCUGCCCCAGCCACACCUUGGCUGUGGAUUCUCGGUGAGUGUCGUGCCUGCAUCUGCUUGAGGUGAGUGUCUGGCCUGCAUCUGCUCUCGCGCCAAAGGAAUGGUCUCCCCAGAAUCAGAAGAGCCUCCUUCAGGGCCCAGAGGGGAGGGAGGAUAGAGAAGGAGGCCGGGAGGGCCACAGAUCCCUGUGCAGAGAUCCAUUUCUCUCGACCACCUCUGAGGGCUUCAGGCUGAAUUUCCAAGAAAAUUUCCUCUAAGGUACUGGCGAGUGGGCAGGGCGCACCCCUGUCCCCCAACUAGGGCAGCCCCAGGGCUUCCUUUCCUCACUGUAGGCCCCACGCUGGCAUGAAUGUCAGGGGCUUCAGGUUUCCCUAAAUAUAGGUCCCUGCCAGGGGAUCCGUGGCAAGGAAAGGGCAGAGGGCGCCGGAGGAAGUUGGGGACAUGGGCUGGGGGGAGGGCAGGAGCGGCCUUAUAACCCAGCCCGGGAGCGGCCUGGCUCACUCGCUGCUGACCAGGCUCUGCCCGCCUCUUCUGCCUCCU